AUUUGCAUGUAAUGGUUCAAGCUCAUGUGUGCAUUGUUCAAUGUAAGACACUAAAAGAGCUUUAAUAAUUUAGGCAUGCUGAGAUGGCUUUCCGAUUGCGGCUUGAAUGUUCAGCCAUUGUAUUCAUUCAGGUUAAUUAGUAGUUGCAUAGAAGGAUAAUGUGGAAUAUCAUCUCACGUGGGUGAUCGUGGGAGUGAAAAAGUUACUUGUAGUAAUUCAUUGUAUCAUCAUUCUUUCAUUGAAGUAUAAAACAUUAAUGUGAUACGUGUGAACUCUGCUAAUACAUAUAUGUAGCAGUAAUUGUUUGUGUUAUGCAGAAAAGUAUCCCUGUAUUUUUCACCACCAGAAGCACUGGUGCUAUUUCAAACCACGUAAAUGUUUCUUUUUUCAUAUUUUGCAGAUUGUUUUAAUUUGAUAUUUCUCACUUGCAUUUCAUUUCACAUGCUUUGUGUGUUCAAAAAUGGAAUGAUGCUUUUGCUGUCCUGCACUGUAUAGAUACUUGUGUGCAAAAGAAGCAGUGCCUGGAUUAGCUCUAGUGGCAAACGUCCAUAAGAAACUUUGUCUCUCCAUGUAGUUUUAAAAUUGCACACAGAUCAGACCUCUAUCUAUUGGCAGCAGGUGUUUGGGUGUUUUAAGCAUAGUAUUUAUGUAGAGAGAGUUGGGAGUACUGUGUCACUGGACCCUUACCAGUCAGUGGGAUGUGGUUUGGGUAGGCCACGGUUAUGACAUACUUAGAAGUAUAGCAACACUUCUUGACUGCUGCAGUUGUGGUUUACGUAGUGUGUGACACAUAAUUUGCAUUGCAUUCCUGUCUUCCUGUGGCUUUGCAGGUUUCUUCUCAUUGGAGUCUCCAGAGCAGUACAGUUCACUAGUGACCGUAGAGAGCGGAUGGCAUACCUGUCGGCAGUGCACCUAUAUGACGAAGGAAAGGACGAAUAUGGAAAGUCACCUUCGCAAAUAUGCGGGAAAACCCCUCUACCAGUGCCACUUAUGUCCUGCUGUGUUCACUCACAACUGCUCCCUCGUGCACCACAUACGCACCCACACAGGAGAGCGUCCCUUUUCCUGUGACCACUGCAGUGCAUCCUUUUUGCGGAAAGCCACACUGAAUGAUCACUUGCACAGCCACACAGGAGAGCGUCCCUACUCCUGUGACCACUGCAGUGCAUCUUUUUCGCACCGAAAAACCCUCACGCAGCACUUGCUCACCCACACGGGAGAGCGUCCCUUUUGCUGUGUCCACUGCAAUGCAUCCUUUUCGCACCGGACCACACUGAAGAGGCACUUGAGCACCCACAGCAGAGAGUGUUCCUUUUCCUGUGUCUAUUGCAGUGCAUCCUUUGCUCAAAAAGGCAAGCUCAGUGACCACAUCUCCCGCAUAGUAUCCUCCGUGCUGGAUGAGAUGCGAGGAGCCCCAUUCCAUCCCAACCUGGAUGCAGCAUGUAUUGAAGCUGACAACUGCUUCCCCCUUGUGCAGUACGCGGAUGACACGUCCAUCCUUGCCCCUAUCCUUUGUCCCUCCACAAGUGAGGAUCUCCAGGAGUACCUAAUGGUGAUCGACUCCUGGAUCAUCUCCAACCACCUGAAGCUGUCCCCCGAUAAAUGCAGUGUAAUGAAGUUCUUGAGUGCUCGCCUGCCUGCCAAGCCCUCAUACACUAUGCGCGGUAUCCCUCUUCCCACGGAGGAUUCACUGAAAAUCUUAGGUGUGACGUUCACCAGCACUCUGGACUUCAGCCUUCAGGUUGCAAGCGUCGUUGCUAAGGCUCGCCGCGUCCUCAGCUUCGUGUCCAGAUUCUCUAAACCAUGCGGUCCCGCUACAUUUGCCCUUCUGUACACAUCACUCGUGCUGCCUAUCCUUGAAUAUGGCUUCGCCGUAUGGUCACCCAACCAACAGCACCUUAUCGCCCGCAUCGAAAGCGUACAAAGAAGAGCCUCGCGCAUCCUCUACGCACGCUCCAUAAAGUCUCCGCCGGCGGACUACGUUACCCGCCUGAAGAUGGCCAAGUGGCGUCCUCAGCGACAACGUCGUGCUGUGACCCAAAUGUGCCUGCUGUGUCGUCUACUCGAUGGCUCGACUGCUCCCUGGCGGACACCCCCUUAUCGUCAGCAGUACGUGUGUCCCAAAGGCUGGAAGCAUCAGGGCUGGUACUCAUUGCAGAACAAGGAGCAGGGGCAGGCAGUGACGACGCGGGUCCCAGCACUGAUUGCGAUCCACAAAAAUGUGGUGCAGUGGUAUGGGGGACGGAGAGGUACUCAGGAGAAACAUGUCUUCUACAAGGAAGCACCCUUCAGUGCAGACAGUGUGAAGUACCUUGGAGUGCGCAUGAACAAGGGGCCCAGACAUCUUGAGCAGCACGAGCACGCAAUGAGGAUGAAGGCAACAAGAUACGUGGGCAUCUUGAUAAUUUGCAUUGCAUCCUUGUCAUCGUGUGGCUUUGCAGGUUUCUUCUCAUCUGAGUUUCCAGAGCAGUACAGUUCACUAGUGACCGUAGAGAGCGGAUGGCAUACCUGUCGGCAGUGCACCUAUAUGACGAAGGAAAGGACGAAAAUGGAAAGCCACCUUAACAAACAUGCGGGAAAACCCCUCUACCAGUGCCACUUAUGUCCUGCUGUGUUCACUCAGAACUGCUCCCUCGUGCACCACAUACGCACCCACACAGGAGAGCGUCCCUUUUCCUGUGACCACUGCAAUGCAACGUUUACGAAGAAGGCCCUGCUCAAGAUCCACUUGCGCACCCACACAGGAGAGCGUCCCUACACUUGCGACCAGUGCAAUAAAUCCUUUUCACAAAAGACCACCCUGAUACAGCACUUGCGCCUCCACACAGGAGAACGUCCCUUUUCGUGCAACCACUGCAGUGCAUCCUUUUCGCAGAAGGCCACGCUGAAUGACCACUUGCACACCCACACGGGAGAGCGUCCCUUUUCCUGUGACUAUUGCAAUAAAUCCUUUUCGCAGAAGGCUUCCCUGACACAGCACUUGCGCAUACACACAGGAGAGCGCCCCUUUUCCUGUGACCACUGCAGUGCAACGUUUAUAAAGAAGAGCAACCUCACGAGCCACUUGCGCAUCCACACAGGAGAGCGUCCCUACUCCUGUGACUACUGCAGUGCAUCCUUUCCACACAAGACCAGCCUCAUGCAGCAUCUUAACACCCACACAGGAGAGCGUCCCUUCUCCUGUGACCACUGCGAUGCAUCAUUUUCGCACCGAGGCACCCUCGUGAACCACUUGCUGACCCACACAGGAGAACGUCCCUUUUCCUGUGUCCACUGCAAUGCAUGCUUUUCGAAGAAAGCCAACCUACGCGACCACAUCUCCCGUCUCCAUUUGUAGAAAAAGCCCUAAAGGCAUAGUAUCCUCCAUGACUCUGUCUUACUGUGCUGGAUGAGAUGCGAGGUGCCCCAUUCCAUGCCAACCUGGAUGCAGCAUGUAGUGAAGCUGUGAUGUCGACAAAUGGGAAGAUUGCCAUUGACGUUGACAUCCCCAAAUGGGAUGUCGACAAAUGGAGCUUCGAAAAUGGUCUUCUUU